AGCAGCACCACAUUAACAGCACAACUGUGCAGAUAGCAGUAUCAGCAGAGCUCCAUCCACCAGAUCUCAACGAUGUCUAAUCACAGCAGCCUUCUCCUCCUCAUCACGCUGUGGGCUUCUGUCCAGGAUGGUUUAAGUUUUCCAGUCACGGACCAGGCAAAGGUUGAAGCAGGAGACACGGUCCCUUUACACCAUGUGAGGAGCAAGCGCUGUGCCUGCAGUAAUGUGCUGGACUCUGAAUGCCAUUACUUCUGCCAUCUGGAUAUAAUCUGGGUCAACUCACCCGGAAAGACAAUAGUUUAUGGUCUGGGAAAUGCACGUCGCAGGCGUUCCACUGAUCGCUGCACCUGUGCCAACCUCAAAGAUCAGACCUGCACCAAUUUCUGCGAUUUCAAACCUGAUACCAAAUCUACAAAGAGUCAUCAGCUCAACCUAGUCAGCAUCUUGAUAGCAGCGGCGUUGGAUGCAUACCACUCAGACAGCGACAAGUCCCCUGAAGAUGACAGGAAAAUCAUUUGAAAAACAAUGAGGCUGAUGAAGCAGUGAGAGUGAAAGAACAAGAGAGCAGCAAGUGAGCACCUGAACAAAUUUCCCUCCUUUGAAAGAGAGGAGGGAAACAAAGGCUUGCUGAAUGAUGUGUCUGACCCAGGACGGCGAGAGUGCCACAAAGAUGUCAGUCUGUACCUGCAAACAGAGGCUGGAAAAAGUGGUGCAGGUCUGAAAGCACAUAAUAGAAACAGAUGUGGGAGAUCAGAGAUGACAAAAGACUAGGCUGGGUUGUGUCUGACCCUGGCUGUGUAGUCUGUAGGAGCUGGAGUCUCUGUGCAGACAGGCCAGCGCCAAGAGAAAGACAUGCAUUAUUACAUGAGUAGAAGAAUUUUCAAUGUUGUUAUUCUCUGUGUAUUUAUCAUUUUUCCUGAACCUCCAUGAAAGGGGUUUGACAUUGUUUUUUUUUUUUUUAGAAUAGUCGGUUAAGUUUAAGAAUCUAGCAUUGUGUGCAAAAUAAAUAAAAA